AUGACCAUCACCCUCAUCCUCUUCACCGCCCUCGCAGCUCUCGCUUCCGCCUCACCACUCACCAAGCGAGCCGGCGGCCCAGCAAUCGUUCCCAUUCCCUCGGACUGCCCGACCACCAACCCUCUCCCAGCAUCGACCGGCUACAUGCCCACUCCGGACACCGUCUACCAGGAGUUCUACACAUCCAGCCGUCCCGCUUCCGAGGUCGCCCAGGAAUGCUUCGAUCAGUGUUACGGCUUCGGCGCGCCGGGCACGUGCAAAGCCGCCGUACUCGCCUACAACGUCCCCACUCCAGAGGGCUACUACGGCACCGCAGGCGGCGUUCUGGAGAUCUCCUGUAUGAUGUUCGAGGACUACUUGGACGAGACGAGUUUUGCCGAGGCCCCGGCUGGCCAGUACACCAACGAGACUGCCGCGAACAUCUACUGCCAGAGAUCCUCGUAG